AUGGUGGCAGCCACCACCUCACGGUGGUGGUGGUUCACUUUUUGUUCCCGAAAGGGGUUGUUGAUCCAGUGGAUGAUUAUGAGUAAGGAAAGUGUUAGUGAGGGUCCUUGGAGUGAGGGUAGUAGGACUGUGGGUAAUAUGAUAGAUGAUGAAAGUGAGGAUGAAGACUUUGUUGUGGAUUUAGAAAAUAUUAUAGAUGAUGUGGAUGUUGAUAUGAAAGAAUUUCAUAUACAUGUUAAUGAAGAUGUUGAGUGGGUUCAAAAAACCACCAAAGAAGCAAGUGGUAGUGGUGUUGACUUUACUGAAGGUGAAGAUUUGGAGGUCAUAGACCCAGAAUCGUUUGAGUCACCUAUUGUAGAUGAAGAUAACAACAGAGAGAGGAUGUUGAGAGACAUAAGAAAGGAAAAAGUUGUUCUGAGGGUGUAG